ACCAACAUUCAAUAUGCUAAAGAAAGUGUUUCUAGACGGCCAUUUUGAUAGAAAAAUUUCUUUCUAAAACAACAAGCUAAAAACUGAACAAAAAAUCACAUAAAAUCUCCCAAAAUUUUGCAAUAAAUAGGUUAACACCAUACGUAUUGCAGUGGAUAUUGUAAUCAAGUCAUAUAAUUUGUGGACAGUGGAGAGCAACGGAAAUAUCUAUUGUUUAUUUGUUCAAAAUCUCAGGAUUGAAAUCAAUUCAAAAUGGCGUGUGCAACAUUGAAAAGAAGUUUGGAUUGGGAGUCAUUGAAUCAACGCCCCACAAAACGUCGUCGUUGUAAUCCAUUUACCACUACUAGUGGAACAGCACAAAUUUCGAAUGCUCAAGCAACUAGUGCAAAAGUGACAGAACCAACACAGUCAGCGUUUGCUGACACAACACUUACGAAACUGACACCAGAAAAAAUGGCGCAAAAUAUCCGCGAAGAAAUCACUCGUUUGCAUCGACGAAAACAACUAAAUUUUACCUAUCACAAUGUUGAGAGAAUGCAAGACUCCGAAUCUAGUGGUUCUGAAAUGGGGCCGGAUAGUCCACGGCGUCCAGACACACCACCAAAUCUCCGAAAUCCGGAAAAGGGUCUCUUCACAUUUAAGCAGGUACAAAUGAUAUGCGAAAGUAUGCUAAAGGAACGAGAGGAUUCAUUGCGUGAACAAUACGACGCUGUUCUUACCACAAAAUUAGCCGAGCAAUAUGAUGCGUUUGUGAAAUUCACAUACGAUCAGAUACAAAGACGUUUUGAGGCAGCUCCCAGCUAUCUGUCUUAAUGCGUAAUUCCUCGCCAAUUUUCUCUUUCGAGUGUGUGAAUGUGUGCUAUCGAAACGCGUAAAUAAAUAUGAAACAAUAUGCUUGAAAAAUCGUAAAAACUUAAAUCUAAAAUCAUAAUUUCGAGAAAUAAAAAGACAAAUAACACUGAAUAAUUGAAUAGAUUCAGAGAUCAUACGAGAUAUUUAGAGAACUUUGUGUUUAUAUGUGUAAACAAAACAUGAACAUUUUCAGAACGAUUAACAACUACAAUCUCUGUUCUCGCGCAACAAGACCAUAUAUUUUCUGUUGAUCAAAAUCUGAACAUUAUGGGUUAAAAAAAAAAAACAUGCAAAACAAAAACA